ACUUACAAUUCUAUUGACGUUUAUAAUUAUGACAAAAUAAUACGAAAAAAAAGAAAAUAUGCCGUAGUACCAGGAAAAGAUCCACUAAUAAUUCGCCCACUAAUCUGAAUAUAAAAUCACAAUGCAGAUUAAAAGUAGAAACACAUAUAUUAUUAACUGGUACUAAUUUGUCAGCGGAUGUAUAACGACAAUUGAUGGGUGUUCUUUGGUUCCGCAGACCAAGCACGAAUAAUUGAUGUGCGCCAGUAUGAAAGGUGGGCAUUUUUUUUCGAGUGAAAAAUCUGAUUGAAAAAAGAAAAGAAAAGAAAAGGGAAACUCCUUCAACAUUAGCUCAAAAUAAAAAGACGUUUACAGCUACGAAAAAUUAGCAUUUGUGCUUCUGAAGUCCCGGGUGCUCGUUCACAAGGUAAGAGAAGACGACUUAAAUGAACACAAAAGUGGUCCAUCACAAUGCGAGGACUUGUCUUUGCACUUUUAGCGGCAGUCGUCGUAGCCUCAGUUCAAGGAACUAGGUACAGAGGCCCAAGAUUCAUCAAUUUAGGAAUAACGGGAAUCAUCACCCCAGUUUACGCGGGAUACAACAGGGAUACCCUCAGCCGCUUCGGCAGCAUUUCCGGAUCCUCCCUGAGCCGUACUUUUGGUUCUACUUUCCUGGCCGGUGGUGUUACCGGAGGACGAAGCAUCGGGUUGAGUUCCGUGUAUCCCUACACCAGGAGAAGCACUACAUUUAGAACAGUAGCGCCAUUCUCUGGUGGAUUCCAAACCUACAAUGAAUUUGGCAGAUUACCUUAUGUGCCUGAUGAUGGACCUUAUGAUUUUGAUGGACCUUUGUCUGGGUUUGGACCUGGUAGAGGUUUAGGUCGCGGAGAUGGUGUCGAUCCUUAUCCUGGAGGACCUUUAGAUGGUCCCAGUACUGACGGCUUCGGAUCCCUGAACGGAGACGGACCUCUUACUGAUGACAGAUUAUAUUAUGAUGACGAUGUACUUACCGGUAGCGGAAGUUUUGAUGGUAUCAGGGCUUUAAGGGGUGGACAAUUUUCAGGCGGUUUCUUUUCAAGAAGAUUCGGGUCAAUAGGAUAUGACUAUGAAGACAGCCUUGGACGUAGCGGUGCAGGCUCAGUCUAUGAACCCUACCUUGGAUUGGACGGAUCAUCAUCUCUUUAUCCUAAUCCGUAUGAUGAUUUAGACGGACGCUUCGAUCUUGGCGAUCGAUUCUCGUCAUCUGGAUUCAGCAGUUCUUCUAGGACUGGGGUUUCCGGUUUUGACGGCGACUUUCCCGGUUCCGUUGGAAGCCCUGGGUUGGACUUCAACCUUCAAGGUGGAGAUGGACUAAGCUUCAACACUCAGUUUAGUGCAUUGGAAGGACAAGGGUCUCGAGGUCGCGGAACCGGAAGUGCCGGACUAGCAGAACCACUGAGCUCUCCAGGACGCUACCUAAAAUACAAUUUUAAUAAUGUGGGGGUUUCCGGUUUUGACGGCGACUCUGCCGGUUCCGUUGGAAGCCCUGGGUUUGACUAGCGGAUAGCCAUGCCCCCUAGCACGCUAUUGAAAUCGACCAUUGAAGAUUGGAGGUACCAGAUGUAACAAUAUCGUCGCUUACAAAUAAAACUUUCAAUGUAUGUUAUAUUCAUGUUUUUGUCAGACGCCCGGGGACUUUUACAUUAAAAAUGUAGCACAAACUUAU